GCUGUAAAAACCACCAAACAGCCCGCACACAAUCAGCAUUCACAAUGGAGAUUGUGUACGUGUAUACAAAGAAGCGCAGUGAGUUUGGCCGUCAGUGUAACUUCUCAGACCGGCCGGCUGAGCUGCAUGUGGACAUCCUGCCUGACUCUUCAUUGGCUGCCAACUUCAUAGUGAGAGAUCCAUGUGAUGUAGCCAUACAGUGUACCCAGGAAAUGUCAGAACACGAGGUGAACACAGAACGCUUUGAAUCAGAGUCACGAGGAAUAAACCAUGUGGAGGGAGGCUGGCCCAAAGAUCUCAAUCCAGAAGACAUGGAAGCGACCAUCCGCUACAGGAAGAAAGUGGAGAAGGACGAACAUUAUCAGAACACCGUUAUGCAGAUUGCUAGCCUAAUGGAACACUGUAUCAAGCAGAACAACGCCAUUGACAUCUACCAGGAAUAUUUUGAAGAUGAGGAGGUAGUGGAGGAAACAGAGGAGCAGCCAUCAGCUAAGACCAUCAAUGUCUUCAGAGACCCAAAUGAAGUGAAGCGUACAGCUACCAGUUUGUCCUGGCACCCAGAUGGCAAUCAUAAACUUGCCGUUGCCUACUCUUCCCUGGAGUUUCAGAGAGCACCCAAAGACAUGAGCUUCGACUCCUACAUAUGGGACAUUGAAAACCCCAAUAAACCUGAGAUGACUCUGAAACCAGUGUCUCCACUUGUUUGUCUGGAGUACAACCCCAAAGAUUCUCACAUUCUCGUUGGGGGAAGCUACAACGGUCAAAUUGCUUAUUGGGACACACGGAAAGGCAGCCAGCCAGUAGAGAUGUCCACCAUGGAGCACAGCCAUAGAGAUCCUGUCUACAAAGUCAUUUGGCUUCAGUCGAAGACAGGCACUGACACCUUCUCAGCUUCUACAGAUGGUCAGAUACUGUGGUGGGACAUUCGUAAGAUGAGUGAACCUACCGAGAGUCUUGUGCUGGAUCCUAGUAAGAAAGGAAACCUUGACAAUGCCCUUGGAGCAAGCUCACUGGAGUUUGAGACGACUAUGCCCACUAAGUUCAUGGUGGGCACAGAGCAGGGGCUUGUGAUUUCUUGCAAUCGUAAGGCAAAAACCCCAGCUGAGAAGAUUGUCUGCACAUACAGUGGACACCUUGGCCCUAUUUACGCCCUCCAAAGGAACCCAUUCUUUCCUAAGAACUUCUUGACUGUGGCUGACUGGACUGCUCGUAUCUGGUCAGAGGACAUCAAAGAGUCUUCCAUCAUGUGGACCAAGUAUCACAUGGCCCAUCUGUUAGAUGGCUGUUGGAGUCCAGUCAGACCCUCAGUCUUCUUCACGGUGAAGAUGGAUGGAACCCUGGAUGUGUGGGACAUCCUGUUUAACCAGAAUAACCCCACUCUCAGCCUCAAAGUUUGUGAUGAAGCUCUAUACAGCAUCCAGGUACAAGAUAAUGGCAGUUUCCUGGGAUGUGGCUCUCAGCUGGGAACUGUCACAAUGCUGGAGAUAUCACCAGGCCUGUGCACUUUGCAGAGGAAUGAGAAGGCCCUGGUCUCAGAGAUGUUUGAACGCGAGACCAAACGAGAGAAGAUUCUGGAAGCUCGGCACAGAGAGAUGCGUCUUAAGGAACGCAGUCGCUCUGAGCAGAGCAGAGAGGACGAGGGGAAAGAAGGAGACAGGGAGGAGAGUGUGGAGGAACUGGUGGCCCGAGCAGAGAGAGAGUUCUUUGAGAUUAUAGAAGUCGAGAAGAAGAAUGAGAUGAACAAGGAGAAAGACCAAGAGAGGGAGAAAGGCGUGUGUGAACAGAAAGAUUUCCAAGAGGAGCAUGAAAAUAAUGGCGUCACAUCCUUUACAAAAAGAGAAAUCACACUGUAGAUUGCCAACACAACUGCUGUGCUUAAAGUCAACAUGAAAAGUUUGUAAAUCAUUUCACUUCCAUAUAUGAAGUAUUUAUGAAUGAAUUCGGCAAGACUUGAUUUGAACCAUCAUGAAUUGAUUGUAUUGUGCAGGUGUUGGUUGGAGGGGAGGGGUUGAAAAAGUAAGAAGGAUUUAUGACAUCAAACGAAAAGGAAAAAUAUUUUUAAAGGUGGAGCAAGUUAUUACAUUUUGAUGAAAGAUUAUGCAGACAAACACUUUUUUUUUUUCUCUAAUAAUGUUAAAGGUGUCAUUUUGAUUUGAUCAUGUUGACUUUAAGAAAUGAAUACAACCACCCCAUAUGUUGUCCAUAUGUUAAGCCUUAUAGACUAAUAAUAAUA